CACGACAGAAAACGCGUCUCGUUUUACGGCUUUUUUUUUGUUGCUUCAUUUACAGAACGUAGCGCGUCUCUGCCAGUCAAUAUUAAAGUAAAAGCGAUAAAUAAAAAUGGCGUUAGAAUCGCGGAUCACACAGGAGGAGAUAAAGAAGGAGCCAGAAAAACCCAUCGACCGAGAAAAGACGUGCCCCCUUCUGCUAAGAGUAUUCACCACCAACAGUGGGCGACAUCACAGAAUAGACGAGUUUUUUCGAGGCAACGUUCCUUCCAGUGAGCUGCAAAUCUACACAUGGAUGGACGCUACUCUGAAGGAGCUAACCGGUUUAGUUAAGGAGGUGUAUCCAGAAGCCAGGAAAAAGGGGACGCACUUCAGCUUUGCCAUCGUCUUCCCUGACCCCAGAGGGAAAAUGUACAAGCUGAAGGACAUCGGCAGCACCAUCUCGGGCAGGAAGGGUUCGGACGACUCCAUGACGUUGCAGUCCCAGCGGUUCCACAUCGGAGACUAUUUGGACAUCGCCAUCACGCCGCCCAACCGAGCGCCGCCGUUCGGCCCGCGCAUGAGGCCGUUCUGAGCACGUGAACGCGUUGGACGCAGCGGCAUCUCGUGUUUUUCUAUUCUGACAUCCUCUAUGGUUUUGACUGAUUUUAUAAGUUGUGUUGAAUAAAGCUGAUCGCCCCCCCC